CGGCAGGUCCUGCGCCGGAGCGGGAACGCACAAGGCCGCCGCCCCUCGCCCGCCCAGCCAUGUCUCUCGGCGGAGCCCCCGAGCGCAGCGUCCCAGCCACCAAGAUCGAGAUCACCGUGUCCUGCCGGAACCUGCUGGACCUCGACACUUUCUCCAAGUCUGACCCCAUGGUGGUGCUGUACACGCAGAGCCGGGCCAGCCAGGAGUGGCGGGAGUUUGGACGGACUGAGGUGAUCGACAACACCCUGAACCCGGACUUUCUGCGCAAAUUCAUCCUCGACUAUUUCUUUGAGGAAAAGCAAAACCUGCGUUUCGAUGUGUACAAUGUUGACUCCAAAACCAACAUCUCCAAACCGAAGGACUUCCUGGGACAAGCAUUCCUGGCUCUGGGCGAGGUGAUCGGAGGGCAAGGCAGCCGCGUAGAGCGACCCCUCGCGGGUGUACCAGGCAAGAAGUGCGGGACCAUACUGCUGACCGCAGAGGAACUUAGCAAUUGCCGGGACAUUGCCACCAUGCAGCUGUGCGCAAACAAGCUGGACAAGAAGGACUUCUUUGGGAAGUCAGACCCCUUCCUCGUGUUCUACAGGAGCAAUGAAGACAGCACGUUCACCAUCUGUCACAAGACUGAGGUUGUGAAAAACACGCUGAACCCAGUGUGGCAGCCCUUCAGCAUCCCCGUGCGGGCUCUGUGCAAUGGAGACUAUGACAGAACAGUGAAGAUUGACGUGUACGACUGGGACCGUGAUGGGAGCCACGAUUUCAUCGGUGAGUUCACCACCAGCUACCGGGAGCUGAGUAAGGCUCAGAGUCAGUUCACAGUGUACGAGGUACUGAACCCUCGGAAGAAAUGUAAGAAGAAGAAAUAUGUCAACUCGGGAACUGUGACGCUGCUCUCCUUCUCAGUGGAUUCCGAAUUCACUUUUGUGGAUUAUAUCAAGGGAGGGACCCAGCUGAACUUCACAGUAGCCAUUGACUUCACGGCUUCCAACGGGAACCCUCUGCAGCCCACCUCCCUGCACUACAUGAGCCCCUAUCAGCUCAGCGCCUACGCCAUGGCCCUCAAGGCAGUGGGAGAGAUCAUCCAGGACUAUGACAGUGACAAACUCUUCCCAGCCUACGGCUUUGGGGCCAAGCUGCCCCCAGAGGGACGCAUCUCCCACCAGUUCCCACUGAACAACAACGAUGAGGACCCCAACUGCGCCGGCAUCGAGGGCGUGCUGGAGAGCUACUUCCAGAGUUUGCGCACAGUGCAGCUGUUCGGGCCCACGUACUUUGCCCCAGUCAUCAACCAGGUGGCCAGGGCUGCCGCCAAGAUUUCUGAUGGUUCCCAGUACUAUGUUCUUCUCAUCAUCACAGACGGGGUCAUCUCUGACAUGACACAGACCAAGGAGGCCAUUGUCAGUGCCUCCUCCCUGCCCAUGUCCAUCAUUAUUGUUGGUGUGGGACCAGCCAUGUUUGAGGCAAUGGAGGAGUUGGACGGUGAUGAUGUGCGCGUGUCCUCCAGGGGGCGCUACGCAGAGCGGGACAUCGUUCAGUUUGUCCCAUUUCGAGACUAUGUGGACCGGUCCGGGAACCAGGUACUGAGCAUGGCGCGGCUGGCAAAGGACGUGCUGGCCGAGAUCCCCGAGCAGCUGCUGUCCUACAUGCGCACCAGGGACAUUCAGCCGCGGCCCCCGGCCCCUGCCAGCCCCAGCCCCGCCCCAGAGCAGCUCUGACGAGCCACCUAUUCAGUGCCCAGAAGUCUGCCCCUCCCACCCACCUGCUGCUUCUGCUCAAAGUUAGAGGCACCUGGUGCCCAGGACCUCAUUGGCAAACCAGCUCAGAGGUUCAGUACUGGCUGGUUGAGGCCCCCACUCCUGUCAACAGAGGGCCUGGCACUGCCACCACUUCUCUCAUGCAACAAUAAAGCUGAUCUUUACUCCUC